AUGCAAUGGAAAUCAAAGCUUCAAAAUCAUGAAAAAUAUCUCGAAUACUACGGAUGUGAACUUGUUAUGCUGCUUCCAGUUCAACAAGAAUCUAAUGCUAUUACUCAUGUAUCUGGAUUUGCUAUUGUUGCAGGCAAUUUAAAAAACUUUAAGGUUCAUGGCAUUUCACCUGUCAUUUUUGAGAUUGCUGCAAAAUAUCAUAAUUAUACUUUUGCAUAUCAGCCUGCUUCUAUGCCAUCAUCGUGGCUAACAAAAACAAGAGAAGAUGGAGUCCCAUUGAUUCAAAUAAAUGACACUGUAAAGGAUCCACAUGUUUAUUUUGAAAUAUCAACUUUACAAAAAAAGAAUUAUGAACUUACAAUAUCAAAAGUUGUGGCUAACUUAAAUGUUAAUAUUUUUGUGACUCCAGCUGAAAAGUAUACACCAUAUGAAAAGCUUCUCUUGCCAUUUGAUUCAUCGACUUGGAUUUUUUCAAUCUUAACUUUUCUAGCAACAUUUCUGUCGAUUCUAGUUAUCAAUAAUCUUCCAAAAUCUACUCAAAGCAUAGUUUAUGGCCAUAAAGUUGACACACCAAUAUGGAACGUCAUCAGCAUAUUCUUUGGAAUUUCACAGACAAAACUGCCAAACAAGAACUUUUCAAGAUUCAUUUUGAUGCUUUUCAUUUACUUUUGCUUAAUCUUCCGAACUUGUUUUCAAAGUAAAUGUUUUGAAUUCAUGACAAGUGAGCCACGAGAACCACCGCCGAAGACUAUUGAGGAUGUUAUAGAAAAGAAUUAUACAGUCUACGCUAUGGACGAAAUGAAAUAUCUCGUUACGAAUAAAGAUAGAAUGACUAAAUGGCCACUGAUCCUUUUAAUGUCUCCGAAUUCAUAUGAAAAGGCAUAUAAUUUACAGUCACAAAAUUCAUCAGCAAAAAUAGCACUUGUUGUGGAUGAAUUUUUCACGAUGUUUUCAAGCGUAAAAUUUCAAAACAUGACACAAAAUUGGAAUCAAUUGAAAGACACUGUUGUCUAUUCAUUUCACGAUUCUUUCGUUUUUAUUGGUAAUACUUUUUAUGUACGAAUGCUUGACAAAAUUAUUGAUCGGUUUAUACCAACUGGAAUUAUGAAUCAUUUGAUUGAAAAUUAUUAUAUAAAAAAAUUAAAAUUCGAAACAAUCCAAAUGAAACCAGAAAUUCUAAGUCUUGAUGAUCUUGCAUUUGGAUUUAAUAUUUGGCUUUGCGCAUGUCUAGUUUCUGUUUUUGGAUUUAUUGUAGAAAAAGUUUCAGCAAUGAAAAGUAGACAAAUGAAAUCAUUUGCAAAAGUACAUCCUAUCAAUCUAGAAUCUAAAGAUGAAAUUUGUAUAGAUCAAGUUACAACGUACGAAAUUACGAAUAAAGUAAAUCCACAAUUGAUUGGAAAAUUCAGAUCAAUUGCACCUACAAUAUCCAAAAUUCUUCACGAAAUCGCUGACGAAUUCAUUCUUAAAGAAAAUAAUGAAUUUUCAAUCAUUAACUAUCAAGUUAAUUCAUUGCUUCUAAGAGAUGUAUCCACAAAAUUCAUGCGACAUCAUAAUCAUCCUUUGAAGUAUUUUGCAUUUAUACGCUUUUUAUAUUUUGAUGAAUUAAAACGUUUGAGUAUUCCAUUUUUUAAUCGAAAAAUUUCGAGUUUUAAAACUUUUUUAUAUCAAUACACUUAUUUCAUUACCGACGAGGAUGAUUCAAUAAUUUUAUCAACAAUCGAAUGGUUUGGUCCUCAUGGAUGUGAUCGUCCACAUGUAUACAUUAUCAAUAAAUUUUACAAAACGACUUUACGAUGGGACAAAAAGCUUGAAAACCAUGAAAAGUUUAUGAAUUAUCAUGGAUGUGAGCUGGUCAUGCUACUUCCUACCCAUUUUGAAGACAAUUCAAUGACACAUUUGUCUGGCUUCAGUAUAAUUAGAGACAAUGUUAAAAGUUUUGAUAUUUAUGGAAUUACACCAGAAAUUUUUAAGAUUGCUGCAAAAAAACAUAAUUAUAAAGCUGGUUAUCAACCUGCGUCGAUGCCAUCAGCUUGGUUAAGACAAAACAUCCUUGGAGAAGUCCAAUUAAUUAGAAUCAAUGGCACUUUAAAAGAUCCUCACGUGUUUUUUGAAAUAUCAACUUUGCAUGCAUUACAUAAUGAAUUAACUUCAACAAAGAUUGUAAAAAAUUUUGAUGUUCAUGUGUUUGUCACACCUGCUGAAAAGUACACUCCGUAUGAAAAGUUAUUCUUGCCAUUUGAUUUACUAACUUGGACCUUUGUCCUGAUAACUUUUAUUGCUACAUUUUUAAUUAUUAUUAUUAUCAAUAAUCUCCCAAAAUCAACACAAACUAUUGUUUAUGGACACAAAGUAGAGACACCGAUUUGGAACGUCAUCAGCAUAUUCUUUGGAAUUUCAUUGAUAAGAUUGCCGAACAAGAACUUUUCAAGAUUUAUUUUAUUGAUUUUUAUUUAUUUUUGCUUGAUCUUCCGAACUUGCUUCCAAAGUAAAUUCUUUGAGUUUAUGACAAGUGAACCAAGACGACCACCACCAAAAUCCAUUGAUGAUAUCAUUGAGAAAGUUUAUUUAGUCUAUAUUAUGAAUUUAUCUAAAUAUAUUUUACACGAUGGAUUAAAAUUGAAUGAAUGGCCAGUUUUUGAAAUGUCUCCAAAUCAGUUCAACUACGCAUAUUUAUCACAAUCCCAAAAUUCAACAGCAAAAUUUGCACUUGUUGUUGAUCAAUUUUUCAUAAACUUUUUGGAUAAACAGCUUAAGAGAAGAUCUCAAACAUGGAAUAAGUUAGAAAAUACUGUAAUCUUUACAUUCUAUGAUUUAUUUAUUUUUUAUGGAACUUCGUUCUACUUUCGAAUGUACGACAAAGUCAUCGAUAAUCUCAUACCAACUGGAAUUAUGAAUCAUUUAAUUGAAAACCAUUAUUCAAGAGAAUUGAAAUAUGAGGAAAUUAAAGGAAAACCACAAAUGUUGACUCUCGAAGAACUUGCAUUUGGAUUUAAUAUUUGGUUUGGUUUUUGUGUAAUUUCCAUAAUUUCAUUUAUUGCUGAAUAUGCUGUAAUUUUUGUUAAAAAUACAAUUACAAAGAUAAGAUUAUGUUUAAUCAAUAACAAAGUACAUCCACUCAAUCAGAUAGCUGAGAAUGAAAUUUGCAUUGAUCAAAUCACAACCUAUGAAAUUCUGAACGGAAUCAAUCAAGAAUUGGUCAAACAUUUUAGAAUUUCAAAAUUAACUCAAGUUGAUAUUGGAAAUGACUCAACUCAAGCUGAAACAAAUGAAGAUAUUGAGAUAAUAAAUUUAGAAAUUUGA